UUGACAUGGAACUUGCCAUCACCACUUAUACAGUUAUAUGACUUUUUAACUUAAGCUUUGUUAUUCAUUAAAUUUGUGAUCAAGAAUUAUUUUCCUGACAUUAUUUAAGACGCCUCCUAGAUUUGUGUGCUUCAGUCGCGUUAUUUACAGGAAAAUGUCAAAGGAUGUGCGUUCCGAACAUUCAAUAGCGCAAAAUGCUGCUGCUGACAGAUUGGUAGGGAAAACGGAUAACCUCGGGCGUGCCGAACGGUCAGAACUUAUAGAUGCUGCUGCUGACAAUUUGAUAGGAAAAACUGCUCUGAAUCUGGUCGAGUUUUCCAAUCCGUUAAAACUUCUGUCUACUGCUGCUGACUUACUGGUCGGAAAAACUGAUAACUGCAAGCGUUCCGAUGAUUCAAUAAAGCAAAAUGCUGCUGCUGAGAGAUUGACAGGGCAAACUGCUUUGCUCCAGAUGUCCGACUCCUCAUGGAAAAGAAACGACGCAGCUGACAGAUUAAUGUAAAACUAAGAAUGCAAACGGAUGGAAGCUUGUGACUAAUCUAGCUAACAAUCACUGACGACCGUGAUCGACUGAUUUCCAUUUUGAUCUGGACACAAUGAAUUACUAUUACAUUUCAUUAUACUAAUUAUACCUUUCUUGUCAUUACUUCGCAUCGACACGACAUUUUUAACUUUUCUACAUCAUUCGUUACCUGUCCUGUUUAUACUUAUUACUUCAUCUUGAUCGCAUAAUCUUGUAUAGCGGUACAAGAGGAAACAACAAUAACAUAUAUUUUCUCAAUGCUAAAUUUUAUUGUUGUCAAAAUUAUAGACAAUGUAUUCAAGGUUUUUCCCCGUAUUUUUCAUAUUUUAAAUAGCUAUAGAUUAAAGUAUACUGCUUUAACUUUACAUGUCAUAUAUUUGUUUAGAUUACUUUUCAAAACAAAGCGCUGUAUUAAAGAGAAUUCCUAUAGUUUUUUUCCUUUCAUAGAUUUUUUUUUAAAUUCACAUGUAUGAUAGGAAAAUUUGUGCUGAAAACAAUGAACAAAUAAAAACAAUAGGUCAACAGGCUUGUUUUUGUGAAAAAUUGUUUUGAACACACCCACUGUUGCUGAAACUGUCGGCGAUUUUUCAACAUUUUCAUAAUUUUCUGCUUUUUUAUAAAUACCAACCAAAAUAUACAUCAAGACAGUACAAUACGGUUUUUUUUUUUUUACAGAUUUUAUUAUAUACUUAUUUGAUAUCAUAGUCAUAUUUGUAAUACUCUAUCCUUACAAUAAUGGGUACAAAUGAAAAAACAAAUUGUUUCAUAUUUACUUUCGUGAACUUUUUUCAAAGAAAAUACCCAUAGUGAAGAACAUUUUUUUAA